UCCGCUGACGUCACGGCGGCUCAUUUAUCCGCCCAGCCUGCUGGCUUCCUGCUGAGUCUCCACUCAUACGGCUGCCGCUCCGCCACACAACACCACACACACCAGACUCCCAACUUCAAGAGCCCGGGAAAUAUCGACACUUCGGGUGGAGUGGUGUUGAGGAGCUCACUGAACAGCACUGCAGACAUCAAGAUGAACGUCCCAGAAUACUAUGUCGGAAAAAACGUGCUGAUCACUGGAGCAACAGGCUUCAUGGGCAAGGUGCUGCUGGAGAAGCUGCUGAGGUCCUGCCCAGGAGUCAAAGCUGCCUAUGUGAUGGUCAGGUCAAAAGCUGGCCAGAGUCCUCAGGCCCGCAUCGAUGACAUGGUCAACUGUAAGUUGUUUGAAAGAUUGCAAGAUGAGCAGCCAAGCUUUGCAGAGAAGAUCAUUGCAGUGAACAGUGACCUCACACUGCCAGAGCUGGAUCUGAGUAAAGAGGAUCAGAACAUCCUGGUUGAAAACAUUAAUAUCGUCUUCCACUGUGCCGCCACCAUCCGCUUCAAUGAGCCCCUCAAAGAUGCAAUGCAGCUGAAUGUCCUGGCCACCCAGAAGAUGGUUGCGCUGGCCCACAGGAUGAAACACCUGGAGAUCUUCAUUCACAUAUCCACAGCCUACGCCAACUGCGACCGAGAGCUCAUAGAGGAAAUCAUCUACCCUCCCCCCGUAGACUACCGCAGACUCAUCGAUACCUUGGACUGGAUGGAUGCCGAUCUGGUGUCUGCUCUGACUCCCAAGCUGAUCGGGGAGCGUCCCAACACCUACACCUACACCAAAGCUUUGGCUGAGUAUCUGGUGCAGCAGGAGGCUGGAGACCUCAACGUAGCCAUCAUCAGACCCUCCAUAGUCGGAGCCAGCUGGAAAGAACCUUUUCCAGGUUGGAUUGAUAACUUCAAUGGACCUAGUGGAAUAUUCAUUGCGGCUGGUAAGGGGAUCCUGCGUACAAUGAGAGCGUCUAAUGACGCUGUGGCGGACCUGGUGCCCGUAGACGUCGUCAUCAAUGCCACACUGGCUGCAGCGUGGUACUCUGGAUCACAGGUGGCCAACAGGCCAAAAAACAUCCUGGUGUACAACUGCACAACUGGUGGGAUCAACCCAUUCCACUGGGGGGAAGUCGAGUACUGUAUAAACAUGACCUUCAAGACCAAUCCCUUAGAGCAGGCCUUCAGAAGGCCCAAUGUCAAUCUGCGCUCCAACCCUUUUACUAAUCAGUACUGGACGACUGUCAGCCACACGCUGCCAGCCCUGCUCUAUGACGGCUAUCUCAGGCUGACAGGUCGCAAACCCCGGAUGAUGAAGACAAUCACUCGCCUCCACAAAGCAAUGAUGGUCCUGGAGUAUUUCACCAGUCACUCCUGGGCGUGGAACACAGACAACCUAACCAUGCUGAUGGCCCAGAUGAGUCCCGAGGAUAAGAAGGUGUUUAAUUUUGAUGUGCGCCAGCUGCACUGGGCAGAGUACAUGGAAAGUUACUGCAUGGGCACCAAAAAAUACGUCCUGAAUGAAGAGCUGUCGGGCCUGCCUGCUGCACGCAAACACCUCAACAAGCUGAGGAACAUCCGUUACACCUUCAACACCAUCCUGGUGGUGCUCAUCUGGCGUGUUUUCAUUGCCCGAUCCCAGAUGGCCAGAAACAUCUGGUACUUCGUGGUGAGCCUCUGCUUCAAAUUUCUCUCCUACUUCAGAGCCUCCUCCACCAUGAGAUAAUGACCCAGGGUCACGGUGGAGAGCGGUGGGGUGAAGAAAUGAAAAAAAAAACACCGGCUGUGGAUGUUUGAGAGGUGCCUGAGCUCAAAGCCCUUGGUACCACGCUGUCCGUCUCUGGCCCCCCCGUGUUUUCUCCGAUACUCGAGGAUCUAAUGGAACCAUUAAACCCGGCUACACACCAUGAACACAGACAGAGCUAUCAGCCCAGCCUGGAGUCACUGCAGUCUAAAUGUUGCAUAUUUUGGAUCUUUCUAACCUGAUCUCUAGCAUUUCCUAAAAUUCAGAGGGAUACGGAUUUAUCUCACGACAUACAACGCUCCGACUAACAGCACUCGGACAAGUUCAAGAAGCAGGACCACGUGUCCUCGUUCUGUUCAUUUCCAGUCUGUACUCCCACAGCUUCAGAGCUCCUUAACCUGCUCUGUCUUUUCUGUCUGCUUGACUGCCUGCAAAACAAAGCUAUGCACUGGAUGAUGCUCUGCUGCUCAGCUGGUUUUGAGUCAGUCCAGGCUUUGUUCCUGUAGGUCUCUGCUGUAUAUGUAAUCUUUCAUUGAAGAAUAACCACUCCAACUGCUGUGUAAGUUGUAUUUUUCUGCUGUCACCUGGAAAAAAAAAACCCUUCCAUUUUCUUUUUUUCUCCCUUCAAGUUUGUGUGUGGGUCUUGUCAAGUUUUACAGUAGUAGGGCCUGUGGAAAUGUGUUAAAAUGCUGUUUCAAAAAUGUACAAUAAGCAGGGUUUUCUAAGGUUUUUUUCAUGUGGCAGCAGCAUUUGCUAAGCAAAGCAUAAACUACACUCAGCUCCUGGGGCGUCUGAGCUUGUUUUGCACAUUUAGUUGGAGACAGUUGAAGUAUGACUCUGUCUGACUUAGGUCAUUUUCAGAAAGGCUUUUCUAGGAAUCAUUGUUUAAAAUUUGUCUUGCCCUCCCAACCCAACUCCCAAGACCAAAGCCAUUUCAGCCAAUGUUUAUCACAGUUGCACCAACAACUUAAUAAAAACGGUUGUUGGACUACUGCAAGAGAAAGUUGACAGUGCAGGAUUGUGGGGGUUAGCUUAUACUCUCCCAUCCCUCACAAAGAGUCAUUAGCCGCCAUCUCUUCCUGCUUGGCAAAGACAGACACUCAACUAUAAUGCACUUCUGUAUGUCCCCAGUGGACUGCAGUGGCUAGUUCCCUAAUUAAUGACCAAGCACAAUGUAGAUUGUAAUACGAUGGCUUUACCCAGUGCCUACAAACUCCUUGCAUCAGCAGAUCUUGCAAAUCAAGCUUCUUCUACAGGUUCCUUUUUGUCAUGUGUAAAGCAAUUUUUGCCAAAAUACCUCUUAGCUAACGGACUCGUAGCUCAGUAGAGGAUGAGACGGAUGUAGUUGAAGAGAAAUUUUGUCACCUUUUUGGCUUCUUUUUCUCCAGUAUGCUUGAGAAUUUGAACACAUUCAUUACUAGUUAACGAUUUGAGUCACAAACAUAUGCUGACUCAUCUUUUAGUACUCUACUGUUCAGGUAGGUCUAAGUGUAGCUCACCAUCUUUUGUGAAAGGUUUUAUUACUGUAGUUAUUGUCCUCUUUGUGUGUUUAAAUAACUCCUACGGGUCUAGUUUAUCAUGUUACUGGUCUGUUUACCACCUAAGUUGCUGCUGUAAAUACAGGUAUGCAGGAUUCAUCUUUUGCCGUUAAUACCCUGCUGUUACACAUCUGGACCAUUCUGUUGCCUUCAUCACCCUGUGUUGCUAAAUGAGAUAUUUGCCUUUUCAGACAGGAAAUGUAGGCUUGUUUCAGAAUUGGCAACAUAAGCUGAAAUUGCGUUUUCUUACAUCAGAUUUUUCUGAGGUUUUAUAGGAAUUCACCCUCAAUGCCAUAGUAAGUCUACAAUUAACAUUACCUGAGGUUUACCUGGGUAGCUGUGUGCACUUUGUAUUUGUCUUUUCUGUUCCUCAAAUCCCCCUAUUUCUCGAGCACACUACAAUGUUUGAAGAAGCGGGGUGUGAUGAUCUUUGGCUGUGCUUGCAUGUGUCUUCUCAGAGUGUCUUAGGCCAAACACCUACAUGUACAUCCUGUGAAUGUCCUGGAGUCAUUAAAGAAUGUGAUUUCGAUCUUUUUCACUCUGAAAGCAUGAGCCAUUUUACACAAGAUCAUGCACCUUGAUGGAAGAAUACACCCUUUUUUUGGAAAGAUGUGCAAGUGUGAAUCGUGCCUGAACUUUUGUCAAUAUUCUAACAAUGUGAAAAGAGAGCAAUCAGAUCUAUGUUUUCUAAUUAUUUUGUGAACAGCUCUAUUUAGGUAGACUUCUGACUAUAACAGAUGUAUAACAGAUGUAUUUUUAUGCUAAUGACAUUGCGUGGCUAUUUUACUGACACAAAGCUUACAGAACCGACUUCAGCUGCUGUAAAUAAUACUUUAAAAAGUAAAUAUGUAAACGUAAUAUCAGUAUGUUCAGAGCUGAAUUUAACUGUUAUAAGUUGCUUGACCUUUGACUAUACUGUAUGUGUCCAUGUACUUUUUUUUUUUUUUUUUCUCUGAAUGUAAUAGAAUAACACAGCCUGACUUCUUUGCACAGACAGAAUCUUCCUCUGACUCCUGAAACAAGAAAUUAACAAUACUGUAAUUGCCUGUAAUUUUAAUAUUAAGCAAAUGUUUGUUUAUUGGAGGGCAGUGCGAUAAAUUCUUGCUGUUGUAACUACUUAUGACUGUGUGAGUGAGUAGGUCAGUUGUGUUGUGGUGAACGGCUGUUGUAAUGUUCUCGUGUAGUGUUGUGGGUGGAAAAUGGCAACGGCGUGUCUAAUUCAGGGUUCCUCCUCAUAUUCUCAGUUUUGAUGUCAGGAACUCUGACUACCAAAUCAUACCAAUUGUUAAUCAAACAGGGCAUUGCACACAAGUAACAUCAGCAUCCAUUUGGAGCAAAUCUUAAAUGCAGUCACAAUGAUCCAUUAUUCAACUAACUUAAAGCCCUUGAAAUUGUGGUGUGUGUUUAACAUUUAAUAUUUGUUACUAAAUACACAACAAAGUAAUAGUUUGACAUUGAUUUGCGUUCUUGACGAGAGUUCAAUGAGAAGAUUGAUACCAUUCAUGUCUUUACGCUAAAUAUGAAACUGCAGCUAGUUAGCUUAGCAAAAAGCGUCCAAAUUGGGGGAUACAGCUAGCUUGGCUCUGUCUAAAGUUGAAUAAAAUCUGCCUACCAGCACCUCUAAAGUUCACAAAUUAAGACUAUUUCUUAGCCAGGUGCAGUAACUUUCUGGAGUCUAAACAAACUAGAUAUAGCGUGUUAAUUCGUAAGCCUUAUGCGCUAGCAUGCAAAUUUUGUUAACUUUAGACUGAGCCAGGCUAGCUGUGCCCCUCUUGUUUCCAGUUUCUGUGCUAAGCUAAGUGGUUGCUGGCUUCAGCUACAUAUUUAUUGUACACACACGAGAAUGGUAUCAAUCUACUUUCCGCAAAAUGUCAAACUAUUCCUUUAAAGUUAGGAAACAUCCUUUUCUUUUUUUUUUCUUUUUUUAAUUAUUUUUUUUUUUAGCUGAUCUGACUCAGGAUGGUGUGUGUGUGUGCGUGUGUGUGUGGUUUGAUCAGAUUUGAUUGUCCUGUCAUCAGAUUUUGAUCCAAAUGUUGCUAAAUCCUUAUUGGAGCACAGACGUGUGAUGUCACCUUUUUGUAAUUGAGCCCCACCCACUUCAAACCAGUGAGUGCACAAAUAAAAACACACAUACAGAAAUCUUUCAUGUGAAAUAAUCAACACUAUUCUAACUUUGGUAGGAAAUGUGUCCAUGUAAACCCUAUUACACAUAGUGAGAAAAGUGUUUGAGGAAAUGGGUUUUCAGGGCAUUUUAAGAAAACUUGUCAUUUUGAAUAAUGGAUCGCAGUUCUUGAAACUCAUUUGGAUUUUGCACUUACACUGGUUUAUGUAUAUAAUGCUUUAUUUUCUUUUGUUUUCCCACCAGGCUUUUGUUGGACUAAAUACUCUGUUCUUAUGGUUAUUUAAAAAAAAAAACUUUGUUCCUGCAAAAACAUCAUGUAUUUUUCAACUUUUUACAGGUGUUGAUGCACUGUUGUUUUCAUGAAGUAGAAAUGUUAUCAGUCUGUUUUUCUUCUGCAUGUUUCAAAGUCAAUGGCCUGUGUAUCGACUGUCUACAUCAAAGUAGGAGUUAUGAUUUUAUUUUUUUGAUAUUCCUUCUUUUCAGAAGUGUUAUGGCCGCUCCUUUUGUCAUGGCCAACACAACAUGGGUCAAUAUUAUUACACUCUACUAGGAUAAGAGUGCAAAUUCUAGUUGAGUUUUCCUCUGCAGUAAAGAAUAUGUUCAGAUGGUUAAAUGGUAACAGUGUAAAUGUUCAUUGCUAAAUGUCUUCUUUGUGUGGAUCUUGAGGUGACUCUCGUUUAUCUUUCCUACCUUGGGCACCGUGACAAGUACAGGCCACUGUGUUCAAUUUCAAAAGGAGGAAAAGGAGUUCUUGCCACAGUCAUUGUCAAUGUGAAACUCCAAAAACAAUAAAUCAAUGGGUGCCUUUUUGUUUGUAAACCAAAAAGAAGGAAUAAACCAUGUUUAAUCCUC